CGAGAGGUGAGGCGGAUGUUGAUGUUGUUGUGGCUCGGCUCGUCAAUAAUAAUCACGAAAACGGGAAUAAAACGCCGAUAAUCGAUAAACCGGCGCCGGUUUUGAAGCCUGAGCGGGUUAGAGAGUCUCCUCCGGCUCUCCGGAGGCCGAGGCGGGUCAUGAUGGAGGACUUUGAUGAGAUCUACGAGGAGGAAGAGGAGGAGGACGAAGAAGAGGAGGACGAGCAGAGGGCCGCGGAGGAGCAGCUGCUCAAAUACGCCCCGGAGCCGGUGCUGGUUCGGGGAUCGGGCCGGGUCACAGUGUUUGGACUCAGCAAUAAAUUUGAGUCGGAAUUUCCCUCAGCACUUACGGGAAAGGUAGCACCGGAGGAGUUUAAAGCCAGCAUAAACCGAGUGAACGGCUGCCUGAGGAAGACUUUGCCUGUAAACGUGCGGUGGCUGCUGUGCGGCUGUCUGUGCUGCUGCUGCACGCUGGGGUUCAGCCUGUGGCCUGUAAUCUGCCUCAGCAAACGGACGCGCAGAUCCAUAGAGAAGCUACUGGAGUGGGAGAACAGUCGACUCUAUCACAAGCUGUGUUUGCAUUGGAGGCUGAGCAAAAGGAAGUGUGAAACCAACAACAUGAUGGAAUACGUGAUCCUAAUAGAGUUUCUACCCAAAAUCCCCAUCUUCAGGCCGGACUAGCAGCUGCAGCGGCUGUUCUCUGCCUUAUGGUGCCUUUCUCUGGUACUGUCACGGUCUCCAUGUGCCCUCUGACCCCUCACCUGGACUACAGACUCUCCUCCUUAUAUAUAUUAUAUAUGCUACUUAUCACACAGUCAGUGCUCUGAACGAUACAGAGCAUCGUUUACGACCUCCACGCACCCUCACGGACCGCAGAACCAACGUUUAUGUUUUUCAAAAGCAUCGAGAAACUGUAACUGUGGCUCACAUGAAGCUGUGAGGAUCCCACACGCAUACAUCUUAACACCCCCCCAAAACUGGAACCCCCCCCGACCUUCAGACCUGCACCUUCAUUCACACCGGCGCGAUGACCACAAGCUGCGUUUGGCCACCAGUGGAGCAGCUAGCGAGGAGCCAACCAAGCGGAGUUAUUCCACAGCACAAGGCUCGUCUGCUAGCCGCCUUUUUAAAGGAACAGUUUGGCAAACAAUCAGAUUUACCCCCCUUAGCACAAAUGUAGUCCGAACACAGCUUCUUUACUUCAGCGUCGGAGCUGAACGGAGGCUAACGGAGAAGCUAAACCAGAGCUGGUUUAUGAGGAGUCUGGCCGCUUCCUAUUUCCCCCGUUAUAUCAAAAACAGGACUGCUAAACAGCAGAGGGCGCCCACGAGUGAGUCCUCAAUGAAUGGGAGUG